AUGGGCGUCGUCAGCGCAUGUUUGCCGAGUCUACGACCUCUCCUGAAAAGGCUUGUCAGUAAUACCUACCAUGGCCCAACGUUCAAGGGUACGAGAAACAAGAGCGCCCAGGACUAUGGCAGCGGCACCCCCUCGCGGUACACGUGGAGUCGCAACAAAGGUGAGGAUGGUACCCUUAGAAGUUUCACUCGUCUUGAAGAAACGGGCGUCGAGAAUAAUACAACUUGGGGCCACAAUGCGCACGUGCAUGGCGGAAGGAAACAGCGUGGGAAUCCUGAUGAUCAGAUCAGUCUAGAGGAGAUGCAAACCCCAUCGAGACGCAUCAAAGUCAAGACCGAAGUGACGUUGAUCAGCACCAAAAGAUUAGAGUAUAGAGACCAGCUGUUUUGA